AUGGGUAGUAGAGCAUGUAUGAAGUUAUGGAUAGAAGGUGCCGUCAGUUGGGUUUAUAUGGCCAGAAUAAUGCAGAAUGUGGAACGGUUUUUGUCCGUGGAAUCUCUCGACGGGAGGUUAAAGCCUUGUUCGAGGGACGUGAAAUACCAAAAUAAGGAGAAUGAUGGAGAUGGUUCCAAAUUGAAUGGUAAAGUUUUGACUACACAGCCGUCCCGCUGGGGCACUUGGGAGUUCAGAUUUUACUAUCUGGCAUUCAUCGUCGUUCUACCGCUGAUGCUCAAGGCGGUGAUGGAAGCAAGUAGUGAACUAAAUCCAAACUAUCCUAGAUACGCUGGAAUGCUCUCCAAAGGGUGGAUUUUUGGGAGGAAGGUGGAUAACAGCGAUUCGCAGUACCGAUUUUUCCGGGAUAACCUCCCACUGCUAAUUGCACUCAUGCUGGGACAUACAGUUGUCAAAAGAGUUGUUCGGUACGCAACCGGAGCUUCAAAGCUGAGUUUUGACUUUGGCUUUGGCUUGUGUUUCCUAUAUGCAGCUCAUGGUGUCAAUUCGGUGCGCAUCUUGCUUCACAUGUUGGUGAUGUACUCAAUUGCUCAUCUAUUGAAAAACGAGCGGAAACUGGCUACUGUUCUAUCGUGGACAUAUGGAAUUGGGACGCUCUUUAUAAAUGACAAGUUCAGGAACUAUCCGUUCAGCAAUUUCAUCAGUUGCCUUUCAUUCCUUGAUACAGGUUAUAAAGGCAUAAUCCACAGAUGGGAUGUCUUCUUCAAUUUCACUCUUCUUCGAAUGUUAAGUUACAACAUGGACUUCUUAGAAAGAUGGAGCAGUAUCAGGCAGAACCAGCCCUCAACGUCGUCAGCUGACGCUUCCACAAACGAUGCAAGAAUAUCUUCGGAUAGUUUUGAGAGCUCCGCAACUUCAACAGUACUAAAUGAAAGACAGCGUUUAGUUGCACCUCACAAUAUUCAGGAUUAUGGAGUGAUAAACUAUAUCGCAUACAUCACGUACACUCCGCUGCUGAUUGCAGGCCCGAUAGUUACUUUUAAUGAUUACGUGUACCAAAGUAGGAAUACACUCCCAUCCAUCAACGUCCGGUAUAUUACUUCAUAUGCCAUCAGAUUUGCUAUUUGCAUCUUAACUAUGGAGAUGGUUUUGCACUUUGCAUACGUGGUGGCGAUCUCUAAAACGAAAGCCUGGACUGGCGAUACUCCUUUCCAAAUUUCCAUGAUCGGCCUUUUCAACUUAAAUAUCAUCUGGCUGAAGCUUCUCAUUCCAUGGAGACUUUUUAGACUAUGGGCCCUUAUCGACGGAAUUGACGCUCCAGAGAAUAUGAUUCGUUGUGUCGAUAAUAAUUACAGCGCACUAGCAUUCUGGAGAGCCUGGCAUAGAAGUUACAACAAAUGGGUUGUUCGUUAUAUCUAUAUUCAGCUUGGCGGUUCCAAAAACAGAAUUCUUUCAUCUUUGGCAGUCUUUUCCUUUGUGGCCAUAUGGCAUGACAUUCAGUUGAAACUCCUGUUGUGGGGAUGGUUGAUUGUCAUCUUUCUCCUACCAGAACUAUUCGCUACGCAAUUCUUCGCUCGCUACAGGAAUCGGCCAUGGUACAGACAUUUGUGCGCAGCUGGAGCAGUCAUCAACAUCUGGAUGAUGAUGAUUGCUAACUUAUUUGGUUUUUGCUUAGGGUCCGAUGGCACCAUGGUCUUCUUAAGGGACCUUUUUGGCACUCUGCCUGGUAUCACGUUUGCCGUAACCGCGAGCGGUGCACUCUUCAUUGCCGUGCAGAUUAUGUUCGAACAAAGAGAACACGAACGCAGACAUGGAAUCAACUUGAAAUGCUAG